AUGGGUAGUGUCGCAGAAUCCUUCAUCGGGUCAAUCGACCAAGGUACCACCAGCAGCAGGUUCCUCAUCUUCAACAAACACGGAGACCCCGUUGCGUCUCACCAGAUAGAGUUUAAGCAGAUCUACCCACACCCUGGUUGGCACGAGCAUGAUCCCCUAGAGAUCAUCGAUUCUGUCGAAAAGUGUAUCGAUGGCGCAGUUGCAGCCUUCGAGCAACAGGGUCAUUCCGUGAACAGCAUCAAAGCCGUCGGCAUCACCAACCAACGUGAGACCACCGUGGUCUGGGACAAGACUACGGGUGAACCUCUAUACAAUGCGAUCGUCUGGACGGAUACGAGAACGCAGGCCUUGGUGAGGAGGCUCAAGCUGAGGCUUGGUGCAGACAAGCUCCAAGACCUCUGCGGUCUUCCUCUUUCAACAUAUCCUUCCGUGGGCAAACUCCUCUGGUUCAUCGAGAAUGUGCCUGCAGCAAAGGAGGCAUACGAGAAGGGUAACCUCUGCUUCGGUACCAUGGAUACAUGGCUCGCCUUCCGACUCAACGGCGGUAUUAAGCGUAAUGUUUUCGUCACCGACCCCAGCAAUGCAUCAAGGACCAUGUUUAUGAACAUUCACACUCUCAAAUACGACGAUUCCUUGAUCGACUUCUUCCGUGUGGACCCAAGCAAAGUCCAUCUGCCUGAGAUUGUCCCGUCUGCAGAUAAGACCAAGUAUGGUUCACUGGCGUCUACAAGAUUGACAGGUGUGCCCAUCACCGGAUGUUUGGGCGAUCAGUCUGCAGCACUGGUGGGUCAGAAAGGGUUCAACGAAGGCCAAGCGAAGAGCACUUAUGGAACAGGGUCGUUUCUGCUCUACAAUGUUGGUGAGGAGCCUGUCAUCUCGACCCACGGCCUCCUGACUACCGUCGCCUUUGACUUCGGAGGCAACACCAAGCCCAUGUACGCCCUAGAAGGCAGCAUCGCAGUGGCCGGAUCGAGUGUCAAGUUCAUGGUCGACAACCUGGGCUUCGCUGAAUCGUCAAGCAAGAUCAGUGCGCUCGCCGAAACGGUCGAAGACAGUGGCGGAGUGACCUUCGUAACUGCUUUUAGCGGUCUGUUCGCACCCUACUGGAUCGACGAUGCUCAAGGCACCAUCUUCGGCAUUACUGCGUACACGCAGCGAGGGCAUAUUGCCCGUGCCACGCUUGAGGCUACCUGCUUCCAAACCAGGGCGAUCUUGAACGCGAUGGAGAAGGACAGCAAGAAGGCCCUCACAGAGCUUGCCGUUGACGGCGGUAUGUCUAACUCGGAUCUGACUAUGCAGAUUCAGUCCAACCUCAUUGGUAUCCCAGUCAAUCGCCCUGCGAUGCGCGAAACCACUGCCCUCGGCGCAGCUAUUGCUGCUGGCAUCGCUGUGGGAACCUGGAAGAGCAUCGAUGAGCUCAGGGAGGUGAAUACGCAAGGUGCAACUAUCUUCAGGCCUGAAAUCCCCAAAGAGAACAGUGACAAACGUUUUGCCCGUUGGACCAAGGCCGUGGAGAUGAGCAAGGGCUGGCUCGGUGAUUGA